AUGCCAGAAUAUUUAAGGCUUCCACAGUCAAUAAAGGACAGGGUUCAUGAUUUUCCAGAUGCUGUAAUAACGAAUUUACAAACAAUACUGCGUGAAGAUGAGGAAGAGACAGUGGUUGAACACUUUCAAUACGAAGAAAAGUUAGAUAAAUCACUGUUAAGUCAGUAUUCCGUAAUUGGAUUGGGGUUUGGGUUAAUGAGCCCUGUAUUGGGUAUGAGUACCACAUUAUCUUUAGGAUUAAUUAAUGGUGGGGCGAUAACGAUUCUUGGUGCAUUUAUUAUAAGUGGAUUUAUGAACUGGCUGACAGCAUUGGCGCUGGGUGAAAUUGUCUCCAAGUACCCAAUUGAACUACACGGUAGUGUUGCAAUGCUAGCUCCAGAACGCUAUAGACUUGUAAUGGCGUAUUUUACAGGGUGGUUGAUGUUGCUCGGAAGUUGGAUAAUGAAUGCCAGUAUUCAGUAUGCAGGCGCAAGGCUUAUUAUUUCCCUAAUAACUAUAUCAGAUGAUGACCUGAUCACCGAGGAGCAUCUAAAUGUUUGGACUUCUGUUAUUUAUAUGCUCUGCAUUACAUUCACUGGUGUUAUUAAUGUGAUGUUUGCGAGGUUCCUAGAGAUGAUCAACACUGUAUGCAUCUAUUGGAUCCUAUAUGCUGUGAUUUUUAUUGAUAUACUACUAAUUUUGUUUCACCAUGGAUCGUAUAGGACCUUCGUCUAUACAAUAUCUCACUUCGACAACAAGUUAUCAGGGUAUUCAAGUUUUCUUUUGUCGUUUAUGAUUGGAGGUUUUCAACAGUCUAAUUUUACACUACAAGGUUUCAGUAUGCUUCCAGCGCUAUCAGAUGAAACAAUGGAACCUGAAAAACACAUUCCUAACGGCAUUUCUCAAUCCGUAUUGAUCUCUACUUUCUGCGGCAUUGUAUAUCUCGUUCCAAUACUGUUAGGGAUGCCCGAACCUGAGGAGGUUAUGACCGACAGCAGGGUUAUGGAAAUCGUUCAAAUCUUCACAAAGUCGACAAGAUCAAACGUGGUUGCUUACUUUUUAGUUAUGCUUAUUCUUGGAAAUAUGCUUUUUUCAGGUAUCGGGUCAAUUACCACGUCUUCUCGUGCAGUCUUCAGUAUGAGUCGUGACCAUGCUGUGCCUUACUAUGAGUUAUGGUCCCAUUUAUCUCCAGAUGGUCGCCAGACACAAAUACCCAAGUAUUCGGUAUACCUAAGUAUGGGAUUUUCCUAUGUUUUUGGGUUAUUAACAUUGGUUUCUGGCACAGCAUAUAAUGCAUUUAUUGGUGCUUCGGUUGUAUGCUUGUGCAGUGGUACUGGAUUGGCGAUAUUCUGUGUUAUGUUAGGCGGAAGACGAGGAAUCAAGGGUGCUGCAGUCAAGAUUAGGCAUAGGCUUGGCUGGCCAAUUAGCGUUGUGGUCUUAAUUUGGUUGUGUACUGUCAUCUUUUGUAUGUGCAUGCCUGUAUCUGUUCCAGUUACGAUUUACGAUAUGAAUUACACAAGCGUCAUCUUUGUUAUGUUCCUAAUUACUAUUGGCGUCAUGUACAACUCAUGGGGUAAGUAUCACUUCAAGAUUCCUGAGGUUUCGCAGAACUUUAGGAUGGAGACAAAUUCAGAGACUGGUAACUCUUCUAAUUUUAAAAAUGAAAUAUACGGAGAAAGCGUAUUCCCUUCCAUGAGAUCACAUCGGUCUUGCAUACAAAGUUUGGGUUCCUCUACCGAUGCCAAAUCGGAAAAGAAAAGCAUCCCUUGA